UGGGGCGCUUAGUUUAACGAACAGCACGGACAUUGUCAUGGCUCUCCUUUUUCUUCUGCAUCCCAUUAACAAACUCAAUUCUCCAUGUCCCAUUGCCUGUCCUUGUGGUCUCUUAGAGUUGCUCUGUUUGUUCCAAAUCGAAAAUGAACUAUUACCUGAACCACCUCUACCGCUUCUCGAAAUCGUUGAUUUACGAUGAGCAAAAGUUUUUCUGGAAGCGAAUUCAUGAUCCAAAUGGCGAGUUCGUUGCUAGAUGGAACCACAUUUUCUUAUUCUUUGCCUUCGUCGGUCUCUUUGUGGAUCCUCUGUUUUUGUUGCUUCCAAUUAUUAGAGAGACCUGUAUGAGUACGGACAAUGUAUUGGGAUACACCAUUCUAAUCUUUCGUUCUAUGGUUGAUUGCGUUGCCUUUUUCCAGAUUUACUUGAAGUUCCGUACUGCUUUUGUUUCUAAGAAAACACGCGUUUUUGGUAAGGGUGAGCUGGUCAUGAAUGAACGCAAAAUUGCUUUUCGUUACAUGAAAAGUGACUUUGGCAUUGAUCUUGCUGCUGCCCUUCCACUCCCGCAAAUUGUUAUUUGGUUUAUAAUGCCAUUGAACGGCUCAUCCGCCACUCAUGCUAAUCAUGCUAUCACUUUGAUUAUUAUGAUUCAGUAUGUGCCGAGAUUGUGCGUCAUUUUCCCCUUAAAUGCAAAGAUUAUUAGAAAUACAGGUGUUGUGGCGAAGACAGCUUGGUCUGGUGCCGCAUACAAUCUCCUCUUGUAUUUGCUAGCAAGUCAUGUUUUAGGAUCUAUAUGGUAUCUUAUGGCUAUCGAGAGGCACUUUUCAUGCUGGAAGGAUGAGUGCGCAAAGAAGCCGAAGGAUUCUCCAGAUUGUAAUAAAGAUUACCUUGAUUGCUCAUCACUUAGCAAACGUCGGCGUGAGCAGUGGGCUGAAUCCACUGUGGUAUUCAAGAAAUGUGAUGCUUCUGAUGACGAAAUAAGCUUUCAGUUUGGAAUGUUUGGUGAUGCAAGUUCUCAGCAAGUUACAUCUGCUGGCAUCGUUGAUCGAUACUUUUACUGCCUAUGGUGGGGUUUAAAGAGCCUAUGUUCAUAUGGACAAAGUAUUACUACAAGCGUAAACAUUGUCGAGACACUCUUUUCCAGUCUUAUUUGUCUUCUGGGUUUGGUCUUCUUUGCACUGUUGAUAGGCAACAUGCAGAGCUAUCUACAAUCCAUGACAGCAAGACUUGAAGAAUGGAGAGUUAGAAGAAGGGACACUGAGGAGUGGAUGAGGCACCGUCAGCUGCCUGAAGAUCUGCAGGAUCGUGUUCGUCGAUUUGUUCAGUAUAAAUGGUUAGCUACAAGAGGUGUAGAAGAGGGAAAAAUUUUGCUUUCGUUACCCUUGGAUUUAAGGCGUCAGAUUCAGAGGCACCUCUGCCUGGCACUUGUUCGUCGUGUCCCUUUCUUCUCCCAGAUGGAUGAUCAGCUCUUGGAUGCAAUAUGCGAAUGCCUUGUUUUAUCAUUGAACACGAGAGACACGUAUAUUGUUCGGGAAGGAGAUCCAGUAAAUGAGAUGCUUUUCAUAAUUAGAGGCCAACUUGAGAGUUCAACAACUAAUGGAGGAAGGUCAGGGUUCUUCAACACCACUACACUAAAUCCCGGUGAUUUUUGUGGUGAAGAAUUGCUAACGUGGGCCUUGGUGCCUAAUCCAAAUCUUAAUCUUCCAUCUUCAACUCGAACAGUGAAAUGCCUUACAGAAGUUGAAGCAUUUGCACUUAGAGCUGAAAAGCUCAAGUUUGUUGCAAACCAGUUCAGACGCCUCCAUAGUAAGAAACUACAACAUGCAUUCCGGUACUACUCACACCAAUGGAGGACAUGGGGAGCUUGCUACAUACAAGCUGCAUGGAGACGCUAUAGGAGGAAAACGCUAGCAGAGGAAUUGUCAAGAGAAGAGGGCUUGUACUACGGGGGAGGGAUGGACCAAGAUGAUGGUUAUGGUCACCAAUAUCCAGAAGCUGGUUUUGACGGUGGAAAUGCUCCCGGUCAUGCAACAGAAAGCAGUUUUCAGCAACUUGGAGCUACAAUAUUGGCAUCAAGAUUUGCUGCUAAUACCAGAAGAGCCAAGGUGACACGAGUGGACACUGAUGAAUCCAGCUUAAGUAUGCCUAAACUUUUUAAGCCUGACGAGCCUGAUUUUUCUGAAGAUCGAUCCUAGUCGUUGAAGAGUCUGUUCUUGAUUUUGGGUUGACGUUAGAGUUAGCAGGAAGGUUGCUUGUUGACUUGUUGUCCUGUUACUUGUUCACAUAACUACUUCACAAAUGUAAAUUGUCUGCUAGCUUUAACCCCCGGGUAAAUCCUCUUACUAGUGACCAACUACACCCUAAUAUUAUUUGAUAAUCCAAGAUGUUUUUUGUA